CCUCCCCACCGAGACAGCUCAGCCAGGCAGGGCCUGGAGGGAGUGGGACAGAUUCUGGGAGUGCAGCGGGGAGGAGUCCUGGCUGGGCUGAGCGGGGAGCUGCUUGGCAGUGCCAGAGUCCAGGCCCCAGAGCCCUGUUGGAGAGGAGGUGGACUGAGGAGGCAGGCCCCACGAGGAGUGAGGCAGUGAGAUGGCGGACAGCUACACAGAGCUGGAGAAGGCGGUCGUCGUCUUGGUGGAAAACUUCUACAAAUACGUGUCUAAGCACAGCCUGGUCAAGAACAAGAUCAGCAAGAGCAGCUUCCGGAAGAUGCUUCAGAAAGAGCUCAACCAUAUGCUGACGGACACAGGAAACCGAAAAGCUGCUGACAAGCUCAUCCAGAACCUGGACGCCAACCACGAUGGGCGCAUCAGCUUUGAUGAGUACUGGACCUUGAUAGGUGGCAUCACUGGCCCCAUUGCCAACCUUAUCCGCCAGCAGGAGCAGCAGAGCAGCAGCUAGAGGACCCCUCCCUCCGUCCCCUCAUGGCAUUGCCCUGAUGCCUGGCCCCAGAUGUUCUUCCCAGGCCCGCUCCUCAGCCUCCUGCCCACCCAGUCCCCUGUCCUCACUUCUCCCUCCAGACCUUCUCCCGACCCUUGAUGAACAGGGAAGGGGGGAUGUCAGGGCCCCUUUGUGAGUGUUUCAGUCUGAGGGUGCCUCCCUGAGGGUCUCAGUCCUUGGAGCCAGCAGUCCUGGGAGGCCCCCCUGUGAGAUCUCAAUGCUGUUUGGGGACCCCAAGAGUUUCCUCGUCUGUUCGGUCCAUCUAUUCUUCCGACGUCUGAUGUUCCUGCCUGAUUCUGAGUCUCUCCUGACCUCUGGAGGUCAGCUUGCUGCUGGAGGUCUCCUUGCUCCUGGCUACAGCAGCAGAGACCUCUCCCCUUCUCCUCAGCCCCUCUGCUGGGUGGAGAAGACUUCCAGGGUCUCCUCUCUAGCUGCCUCUGGGUCUGGGAAUAGCUAAGCAGGGUUGAGCACCCUCCCUCCUACUCAGCCACUGAAUUGAUGGCAAUAAAGGCUGGAUUUGGAGUUUGUAUCCCCCUCACCUAGUCCCUUUGUGAUGCUCAUUAAAACCUUUCCACUCCUUGGAA